CCCAAACAAAAAGAAAAAAAAAAGACACCAAAUGCGCAAUUUGGACAGGUUUGGAUCCAAUCCUACGGUGCAAGUCUGGCCGAUCUCACCGCGCGCGCGCCGCCUCCUCCCCCUUGAGUCGGCGCCGCCUCCAAUCCGACGCCGGCUUCCCCCUCCGUCCGCCGCCACCUUCUUCCCCGUUCCGCUCCCCCGGGGAAACUUCGCCCUCUUCACCCUCCCCCAACUACUCCUGCCUCCACCCCCAAGGCCCCAACCACCGAACCCUAGCUGGCCGGCGCCGUCGUCACCGCCCCCGGGAGAUCGUCGGAGCCCGGAGACGAGGAAGAAGCUGUCUGCCGCGCGGUCGUACUCGUAUCGUGAAGCAUACAUAUCGUCAGAGUUACCAAUGGCUACAGAAAAGAAAGUGAACAAGCUAUCUGUGGCUAAUUUAACUUCGGAUGAUUCAUUCUAUCCAGUUAUAGUUCCUGGAAACUCUAAGAUUGAGAUACAAAGCCGAGUCAGAAACUUGACUGUUUAUGCUAUCAAAAUUCCUGGCAGCGUGGCAUAUAAUGCUAUGUUGUUAUAUUCAGAGGGUCAACAAGAGAAAUGUCUAGCAGUACGACGAAGAUCAGAACACGCCCAUACUCUUUAUGAAAUCCUUCGAAAUUGCUCUCACAGAAACAUCAUACAGCCUAUGGGAGUCUGGGAAGAAAUGGAGACGAACCUGGCAUUUAUUGUUUUCCCUUGCUCUGAUGGAGUUGUGACUUCAAUUCCAAAAGAAGCUUUAUUUGAUGUGGAAGAUGCUACAAAUGCUGAAUCUUAUACAUUUGGUUUCAGUGACCAAGGUUGCAGGAUCUUUAGAGAGAUUUGUAUGGCAGUCAGAUAUAUCAAUGUGCUGUAUGACGAGGAGAAAAUUCCAUUGAAGGCACUGGAUUUGGAUGAAAGUAAAAUCUUUUAUCAGUCGAAGGCUAAGGGGGAUUAUCAUGUCCUAUUAACUGACAUCAAGAUGGAAAUUUCACCAACGGGCAAUGUGAGAAAGAACCGGAGAGCCAAGGGCAAAGUUUCUAGCACAGGAGUACCAACUGUUGAUGACGUUAAAACUGCGAACUGGAAUGGUUUGGGACAAUUUCUUAAAAAGCUCCAUAAAGACCUCAAGCUGCACAUAGAAUUGAGCCAUCUUUCAGAAGAGCUCGGGAAAGAAUCAGUAAAGUAUGAAGAUUUGGUGUGGGAACCUGGAUUGUGGGAAUCAAGCACUAAAGUGCAAUUGGUUAGAGAUGUUUAUUGGUGCUACAACAAAAACAAGAACAGAAUAUCUACACUUAAGAACAAAACAGCCCUUGGACUCAAAAGCUUUAUUGACAAGUUGGAGGUGAACAAGUCUAGAGCACCAGACAAACAAAUCAAUGACGACAACUUGUAUGAGUCUCUGUUUUUUCUUAGAGUUUACAUGGUUGCCCACAAAGACGAUACUAUUAAAGGUUACAGUGGCACAAUGGAAAUGAUGCAUGACAAGAAAGCCAUUGUAAGGUUGCUUAUGAUAGAACGCCCUGAAUACAUGGUGACACUCAUUUCAGCAAUACGGAAGUUAGGCUGGAUUAGGCAAUCUCCAUUUUGCGCAUGGAUAACCAGUACAUGAUAGAGUUUUACACCCCAAAUCCUGCAAAGUGCUUGCUAUCUCUUAGGAGGAUUGGGAUCCCAUGCAGUUUGAACAGGGACUGCAAGUUUAGCAGUCUUAGGUAUUCACUACCAUCAGAUCAAAGGUUUCAAUGGCCCGGAUUUAGUAGCAGUACUGUUUGUUAGCACUUGCUACAGUAUGUGCUACAGGAUUCAUCUGCUACAGUACCUGAUGAACAGUAUUUUUGUGUGAUCUGAGUCCUUGUUAUUUGAUCCAACAAUGAUUGUAUGACUUGCUGAGGAAAAAAAAUUGGUAGAUGGCAAAGUUUCAACAUGCAUCUUGCAGUAGCUACAUGGAGGUUGUACUUCUUAGUUACUCCCUCCGUUUCAUAAUGUAAUACUGUCCACAUUCAUAUAGAUGUUAAUAAAUAUAAACACAUAUAUAUCUAGAUUCAAUAAUAUGUAUAUGAACUGGACAAUGCUAGAAAGUCUUACAUUAUGAAACGGAGGAAGUACAUAUUUUACACCAAAGGAACACCUGCGGCAGCUGAUUGGGUGUUGGUACCAGGAUAUUUGGCGCCGAGGCGCUGUGCUCCUUCUCAAACUUGUAGCGUGUGUUCCAUCUCAUUGACCAUUUUAAGAAGCUCUUUUGAUUAGAGACUGUUUUCACA